AUCGGCUUGGCGUAGGCUUCUCUUCUUGACCACCAACAAUCCUAAAAACUUGAGAGAUGGCACCCAAGAAGGCCAAGAGGAGGCAGCAGCAAAGUGAGGGUGGAUCCUCCAAUGUGUUCUCCAUGUUUGAGCAGAGCCAGAUCCAGGAGUACAAGGAGGCUUUCACAAUCAUUGACCAGAACAGAGAUGGCAUCAUCAGCAAGGACGAUCUCAGGGAUGUGCUGGCCACCAUGGGUCAACUGAAUACGAAGAAUGAAGAGCUGGAGGCCAUGGUGAAGGAGGCCAGCGGCCCCAUCAACUUCACCGUCUUCCUGACCAUGUUCGGCGAGAAGCUGAAGGGUGCUGACCCCGAGGACGUUAUCGUGAGCGCUUUCAAGGUCCUGGACCCCGAGGCCACUGGCUCUAUCAAGAAGGAAUUCCUUGAGGAGCUCCUGACCACCCAGUGCGACAGGUUCACCGCUGAGGAGAUGACCAACCUGUGGGCUGCUUUCCCCCCUGAUGUGGCCGGAAAUGUGGACUACAAGAACAUCUGCUACGUCAUCACACACGGAGAAGAGAAGGAGGAGUAAAAUCCACCUCUCUAAAAAUCUCCACCUCCGGUAAAACCCCGUACUCCCCCCCACCAUCUACUCACUCCCCUUCUCUCCGACCACGUGGCCUCCUUGCACACUUCCACGCUCCCGGCCCGCUCUGUCCGCUUGCCAGCUCACUACGAAAAGACUUGUCUCCUUUAUUGAGAUACUCAGUGAGAGGACUGAAGGCUGUGUGGGUUGUUUGUGUGUGAGCACCAACAGGGGGACAUGGGAUUAUUUUCAAUAAAAAAUAAUCUUGUGGCACCGAAACACUCUCUCCAUCUCGGUCCUUGCCUGUUGUUUCUACUUCUUUCCCCCCAUCAUUCAUUCUGUCCUUCUGUGUUGAGGCCUGCAGUGCAUGCAUCAUACCUACAAGCAGUGUGUAUGCAUAAUGCAGUCCAGUGAAUUAGCUGUCAGUCAGAAGUGUCUUUCGGGUGCUGUGGUGCAUGCAUAGUCGCUUACUUGAAACAAGUAACGCAGUCUGACCCAAGUGGUCUGUCAGUCUCAACCUGACAGAGUGUUUAAUGGAUUUGUUCCUUUGUUUGAAAAUAGAGAGGAGUGCACAGCAAGAGAGCGAGUACUGAACUAUAAUAGUCUGCCUACCCGGCUCUUAAUGAUGUCGCUCCUUCUCUUCAACACAGGAUGAAAAGGAAAAGUUGCAGUGAAAAAUAGGAAAACAUAAUUUUUUUUUUAAAUAUUGUGAAUAGGGAAAGAGAUGGGGAAAG